GGCGCUCCCGGCGCACUCGGAGCCCGGCGGGGACCGGGACGCGGAGGCGGGGUGGCCGAGGGUCCGAGUGCGGGAGCUGAGCCGGGCCCGGGGGCCGAAGUUUGCCCGCGGCUCCGGGAGGCGGCCCGGGCGGCUCCCAGCCCCUGCUCGCGCCCUCGCCCGGGACCCGCCGGCCGCCCGGGGGGACGGCAGCCGCGGCCGGGCCAACUCCGCCGCGGGGACGCCGUGACGGGAACUUGAGAGACCACCUCUGCCACUAGAAUGUCCACCCCCGGAGGACAAGGGCUGCGUCUGUCUUGGUCUCUGCUGUGCCUGUAGAUCUGGCCCAGACCCAACACAUGGCGCGAGGGGGAUGUGAAAGCCCAAAAUGACCCUCCUACCGGGAGACAACUCUGAGUACGACUACAGCGCCCUGAGCUGCGCCUCGGACGCCUCCUUCCACCCGGCCUUCUUCCCGCAGGGCCAGUCCCUCAAGGGCGUCUUCUACCGCCGGGCGCAGCGGCUGCGGCCCCGGCCCCAGGACGCGCCCCGCCAGCCGGGCCAGCCCGAGGACCGGCGGCGCCAGAUCAUCAUCAACGUGGGCGGCAUCAAGUACUCGCUGCCCUGGACCACGCUCGAGGAGUUCCCGCUGACGCGCCUGGGCCAGCUCAAGGCCUGCACCAACUUCGACGACAUCCUCAACGUGUGCGAUGACUACGACGUGACCUGCAACGAGUUCUUCUUCGACCGCCACCCGGGCGCCUUUGGCACCAUCCUGACCUUCCUGCGGGCGGGCAAGCUGCGCCUGCUGCGCGAGAUGUGCGCCCUGUCCUUCCAGGAGGAGCUGCUGUACUGGGGCAUCGCCGAGGACCGCCUGGACGGCUGCUGCAAGCGCCGCUACCUGCAGAAGAUCGAGGAGUUCGCCGACGUGGUGGAGCGCGACGAUGAUGAUGAGCCGCUGUCCAGCGAGGACCCCGACAGCGAGGGCCCGGCCCAGGGCGAGGGCCGCCUGGGCCGCUGCAUGCGGAGACUGCGCGACAUGGUGGAGAGGCCGCACUCGGGGCUGCCCGGCAAGGUGUUCGCCUGCCUCUCGGUGCUCUUCGUCACCGUCACGGCCGUCAACCUGUCCAUCAGCACCCUGCCCAGCCUGCGGGAGGAGGAGGAGCAGGGCCAGUGCUCGCAGAUGUGCCACAACGUCUUCAUCGUGGAGUCGGUGUGCGUGGGCUGGUUCUCCCUCGAGUUCCUCCUGCGGCUGAUCCAGGCGCCCAGCAAGUUCGCCUUCCUGCGCAGCCCCCUGACGCUCAUCGACAUGGUGGCCAUCCUGCCUUACUACAUCACCCUGCUGGUGGACGGCGCGGCCGCGGGCCGCCGCAAGCCAGGCGCGGGCAACAGCUACCUGGACAAGGUAGGGCUGGUGCUGCGGGUCCUGCGGGCGCUGCGCAUCCUCUAUGUCAUGCGUCUGGCCCGCCACUCCCUGGGGCUGCAGACACUGGGCCUCACCGCCCGCCGCUGCACCCGCGAGUUCGGGCUCCUGCUGCUCUUCCUCUGCGUGGCCAUCGCGCUCUUUGCGCCCCUCCUCUACGUCAUCGAGAACGAGAUGGCCGACAGCCCCGAGUUCACCAGCAUCCCCGCCUGCUACUGGUGGGCCGUCAUCACCAUGACCACUGUGGGCUACGGGGACAUGGUGCCCAGGAGCACGCCCGGCCAGGUGGUGGCGCUCAGCAGCAUCCUCAGCGGCAUCCUGCUCAUGGCCUUCCCCGUGACCUCCAUCUUCCACACCUUCUCGCGCUCCUACCUGGAGCUCAAGCAGGAGCAGGAGCGCGUGAUGUUCCAGAGGGCCCAGUUCCUCAUCAAGACCAAGUCGCAGCUGAGCACCAUGUCCCACGACAGUGACAUCUUGUUUGGAAGUGCCUCCUCGGACACCAGAGACAACAACUGAGCCCAGAGGACAUGACCCGUCACCACCGCCACCACCAGGAGCUGCCCUCCCUGCCCCCUCCCCCAGCUCUGCCUGCCCUCUGCGGCUUGAAGCUAUGGCCGUUGCUCCCAGACGACUUCGAAGGCACGUGCGGCUCCGAACGCAGCCCCGCAUGGGACCGGCUGGAACCACACCCCAAGAAGGACGUCUGCAACAGCCACAGAGGGGUCCCCACCGCUCCACCUCCACAAGUGAAGCCGUAGUGGUUCAAGAGCCCAGCACACAGCUGUGUUGCCCCCCACCCCUCGCCCCGCCCCAUAUCGGUUCCCCCCAAUAAGGAGAUGGCUUUGUUCUUUCUACCAUGUAAAUAACAUGCCCAGCAAAGACUUGCUUUGUGGGUCCGCCCGGAGGAAAAAGGACAAAUGACACCAGGAACGUGGGUGUUGAGUGUGGAUCGUGUGCAAUUAAAGAAAACCGAUGAAAAAGAGAAAAUGCCUUCCAUGGGGCUCCGAAGAGGGGAAGCUGUUUGCCAGCAAAGCCAGCCCGCGGGGGUACUGGGACCACAUCUGGCCUGUUUGCUUGGGUCGUUCAGGCCUGGUGGGGCCCAGUGGGGUUAGAGAACAGGGAGAGAACAGACACCUUUGGGGAAAUUGUCAGUAAACACCGCGUUCCCUUCCUGCUUUUUCUUGGAUUCCUCCUACCUCCUGGUCUCUCUUCCUCCCUCUUUCCUUCUCUUCUGUCCUCUGUUUGCUUCUUAGGUGCUUUAGGGUUCUCAGACUUUUCCCCCAAGGCACCCCAAUGGUUCAGUGGACACCAAGGGGCCUGUCCGCAUUGCCAACUACAGGGGUGAAAUCACUUCAUUUAUCUUUUAAAAAUACUAUGGAUUUUCUUCUCUAUUCCAUAUUCAUUUUAACAUUCUUAAAAAAAAAAAAAAAAAUGCGUUAAAUCACCUCCCUGGAUAUAAAUCUAAAGCUGGAGUGGGGUUGAUGCUUUGGAAGGGUGGGUCAUAGGCCCCUCGGCAGUCUGGGAACCACUGUCCGGGGCCCCCAAGGCCUCCCUGUGCCCUCCAGAAGCCUCCCGAGCACCCUCCCAGUGCCCUCCUGGCUACAAUCUGUUCCUGAUGCACGUUAGAGACAGCCCCUACCCCCCUCACCCCCAACCCCCCGCCAGCCAACAGAUUCACUCAGCCCGAGGGCUCCAGAGCCCUUCAGGGCUAGGACAAGGAGGCGGCUUCACCCCCAGAAUGAACCACAGCCCGGCUUCACCCCCACGGGUACAGCAACAUGGCUUUCUUUAUCCCAGACCUGCUGCUGCCUUGGCCGUGACCCCUCCCUUGGGCCGGCAGCAGGAAGCGCGCUCUGACACAGAUCUGACCAUCUGACCUGGUGACCUGCGUCCACCUGGGGCCGCCCAUGAUAUGGAGACUAAAACCCAGAUGCCCCGUGUGUUCCCUGCCACUCGGUCACGGUCUGUCUCCUGCACAAGGUCAGUGCUACUCUCGCGCUGUAAGGCCCUACGGGGCAACGCCGCUCACUGCUGACUCCCAGCACCGAGCCCUGGGCCCGGCACCUAGUAGGUGCUUCCGAAAUGUCUGGGGAGCAAAUGAAUGCGGGGAAACGGGAAAGAGGACCAGAAAGCAGAAAGGCCUUCGAGCAUGUCUUCUCUCUGUGUUGGGUGGGGAGGCCUGGAGAUCUCAGCACCAUGUACUGCGAGGCUGAGUGGAAAUAUCCUGUGAGUCACGAGGGUGUCGUUAAAGGCUCCCCUGACACCUGCUUCCCGUGACUCACGCCUGAAAAGGAAGUUUUCCGACUAAUUAGCUCUACCUUCCCCAGCCUGCUGGGUGUCACAGCAAUUGGGCCCUACCACCAUGGUAAUAAUACCUUAGAUUUGUGGGAUGACCUUUCUUUCUCCCUCCAAAGUGGCUGUGAGAGGCAGGAGACAACUGAAAAUGCUAAACAGAGAGAAACAUGACAGAGGGCCGUAUACAAUGGAGCCCUGGAAAACUCAGUGGAGUGGUAAAGCAAAUACGUCUCGAGGUGGAGGAGGGUGCCCCAAAUGGGCCAGCACUGGCAGGGGAGCUGGGCCCCCCACACAUGGAGGACAGAGCCUAGCACUGUCCAGAGGAGGAGCUGGGGUCAUGGAAGGGUUGAGACUUCUGCACCCAAGACACCCAGAUGUAGGCACCCUCCAGACCUCCCCUGAGGGACUGAGGACCUCUAGACACCUGCACACCCAGAACGUGGCGUAGGGUCUUUGGCCCUAAUUAAGAAUUAAGAGGCCUUGGAACUCCUAACCAGCUGCUUCUAGGGCAAAAGGGACCAACUUAACAAUGACCACUUUUGCGGUUUUUUUCUGGCAAAGUGGAAUCUGACGCAGAAAGCCCAGCUGGAAAUCACACUGAAAAACAACCCCACUCAUUGAAGCGUGGGGGCAAAUUCCUUGCCCCUGCCCUAAUGGGGCUUCCCUUUGGACUCUGGUACAGGCAGCAGAACCUAUACAGCUGGGAAGGCGAUGUGCGAGUCACGGCUCUAGGAGAAACAGCAAAGCAAGCCUUUCCAAAUUUGUUUUAUUUCUUGGGUCCCAUGGUCAUCCUCCAUCUCCGAUUUAGCUCUCGGUGCCUGCAGGACUCACUGCGGGGGCUUGGGAGUGCAGAUUUAACAGCCCGGAUUCUCGAGCCCUACCCCUGAGCAUGUUCAGGACUUCUCUCCUUGCACACAGAAUGUAUAGGGAAGCCAAAAAAAGACCCAGUAAUCAAGAUCAAUCAUAUUUUAAUGCAGCUUUUUUUUUUUUUUCAUCAAAAUUAGGGGCACCAGGCUGGCUCAGUCAGUGGAACAUGUGACUCUUGAUCUCAGGGUUAUGGGUUUGAGCCCCACGUUGGGUGUAGAGAUUACUUAAAAAAAAUAAAAUCUUUAAAAAAGAAAAAACAAUCAAAAUUAAUGCCCCAAAUCCACAAUGAACAAAAUAUCUGAAUUUUAGGUAAAGAUGGGCUCUGCCUUUGCACUCGCGUGAUUCGGCCCCAUGUGUUGCUCCCUCGUUCUGAUCCUGCCCCGCCCCCCAGGCAUACCCUGCAAGACCCCUCCAACUGGCCUAGGGCUAGUCAUCCAAGAAGGGCAGGUGGGAGCCGUUAGCCAAACUGGCACCCACAGCUGCUGGGGCAUGCGUGCCCAUCCCGCUGAGGAGGAUGAGGACAGGCACCAAGACCACCUCCCACCGCGCAACCAGAGCCGUGUGAACUGAAGGUGAUAACUUCUGAUGUUGGUAAGCACAGUUACCUGGUGAGGGGUGACUGGGACCAGGGAGCGGUGGAGAGAAGCCACUUAAGAAAGUCAGGGAAGGGGGCCGCCUGGCUGGCUCAGCCAGAGGAGCAUGUGACUCUGGAUCUCUGGGUUGUGAGUUCGAGUCCCACAUUGGGUAUAGAAAUGACUUAAAUAAAUAAAGUGGAGGGGAAAAAAAAGAGGGCCAGGGAAGGUCUCUCUGAGGAGGCGGCCUCGAUCUGAGAGAGAGGUGUGGACAGCGAUCCAAGCCGAGGGGACAGCCCAGGCAAAGGCUAAGAGGUGAGGAAAAUGGAGACGUUGUCCAGUUGUCAGGGGAGCACGUGGGCAUGGAAACUCAUCCCUGCUGGGCACAUCCUUCCUCCCAGGGAGAAAACAGAUCUGCAAAGUGGACACUGAGCAAACAUUUCCAGCGAACUUCCUCCGAAAUAGUCUUUGUCACAGCAGAUGGGGACAAGACAACCAAAAAACCAGAACCGGACCCAGCCCCUGCCUCAGAGAUGCUGAUAAUCUGAUGGAGGACAAGGCACGUGAGUAGACAUUUCCAGACACGUGGAACGAUGGGCGUGCGGGCCCGGGGCUGUCGGAGCGUGGAGGAAGACAGACGUCAAAGAAAGCCUGGUUUCCACGCAGAUUUCCAUUUGCUAAAAUGGCUUCACGUGUGUUUUCCUUCCGAAACCAAUAAAGUGUUCCUCCUACCGCACGUUCUGUCUCUCCC